UAACGGCGAGGAACUAAUUUUCCAGCAAAUCAAGCGGUUGGGAAGUGUACGCGCCACCACACACCAAAACCCGCCAAAUCCCAAAACAUGCGUAAAAAAGGGGAAAAUGUUUGCUGCUGCUGAUCAUAUCUGAAAGCAACAACACCCAACUUCCCAUACAUAAUACUUCUUUAGAAUUUUAGGGUUUACAUUUUCCCUUUGAAUUUCAACACUUCCAACUUUGGAUCAAGAGCCCCAAAUUUGGGGGAAUUGAAGAAGCUAGGGUUUCCUCUGUCGGUCAAUCAAUCAAUCCAUCAUCAGUGCAAGCAGUCAAGAGCCAGUUCAUUUUGAAUCUGAUUGAGCUAGGGUUUCUUCAAACGAACACUGAACAAGCACAAACCUUGGUUCCAAAAUGGCGAUAAUCGGCGACGCGCUUCGCCAGGCCUUCAUGCCCAAGCACGAGUACAUGAGCCUCCGGGAAGAAGACAGAGCUUGGGGCAAGAUUCAGAGACCUCUGUUAAUGGCGUCCAUGGCUCUCGUCUGUUUCGUAGUUGUUGUGUGCACGGUUAUCAGCUUGAACAUUGUGUUUCCUGGCGACCCGGCGAAGCGGCCGUUCUGCGGCGACCGGAGGCUUAAUUCUCUACCGAUGAAUGUGAGAGGGGGCGAUUCUGAUCCGUUUCCCGGAGCGUUUUAUCUUACGGAUCAAGAAAUUGCGGAUUACUAUUGGAUGGUUGUGUUCGUUCCCUCUAUGAUCAUUUUCUUGGCUACCUUCGUGUAUCUUGUUGCGGGAAUCGCUGUUGCUUAUUCUGCUCCAACAAGACACGGAUGCUUAAAGGUAGUUGAGAAUAACUACUGUGCUUCAAAAAGAGGUGGGGUUCGAUGCCUAUCUAUUCUGAAUGCUGUCUUUGCUGUCAUUUUUGGUCUUCUUGCAUUGUUUCUUGGUUCAAGCCUCCUCACACAAGGAAGCUCCUGCUCUAUGCCCCUGUUCUGGUGCUAUGAGGGUGGGUGUUGGGGGAUGGUUCUUCUAUACGGAGGAACUGCCUUUUUUCUGAGACGGAGAGCAGCUGCAAUCCUUGAUGAGGGAGAAUUUGGUGGUCGAAACCUAGGGCUUGAAAUGUUGGAGAAUCCCUUGGAAGUGACACCAGAGGUGGAAAGGAGGGUUAAUGAAGGGUUUAAGACAUGGAUGGGGUCGUCGCUCCUAUCGUCCGAUGAAGAAGAUGAACCAAACAGUUAUUAGGAACCUUCUCAUGUAAUUCCAAUUCUAACAGGCGAAUGGUUUGGCGUUUAAGUGAAGCCUUUCAGAACUACACAGCUUCCGGCAGAUUUUUGACAACUUCAGGAGAGCAUAGAGUAGUAUAAAUUCAAAUUUUGGCUUAUCAAAGGUGCCAGCUUUAAAAUCGUUGUAGUGAUCAUGACGUAACACAAAGUGAAAUGCUAACUUCGGGACUUAGGUUCA